GAAGAAAUCUCCCCCAAUGCGGAAAUAGAAAGGGGGAUUCCUGGUGCAGGUUAGCUUGGCGCUGUCGCUUUGACAGACAACCACAUCAGAAGAAUGUCAGAACUACCGAUGGGAAAUUAAUUUCAUCAGAUUUUAAUAGAAAUACAACCUGGAAGUGGUGUCAGUUGCGGAAAAUACGCUUGGUCUGCCACAGUCAACCCAGAGCUAAAUGAGCUAACACCAACUAGCUAUACGUAUACAGAUAAAAGCAGCAUGGUACAGCCCCAGACAGACACCUGGGACAUGGCCGGGGACGAGGGAGGCGGGGCUCUCCGGGUUCCACCUGAGCUGGCAGCCAAUGAGGUGGUGACCAGACUACUGGGAGACAACCAGCAGCUCCGAGAGGCGCUGCAGCGCAGCAACCAGGCCCUGCGUCAGCGCUGUGAGGAGAUGGAGGAAUGGCAGCGGAGGUCUAGAGAAGAGAGAGAGUUCCUCAGCUGUCGUUUCCAGGAGGCCCGGGCGCUAGUGGAGAGACUGGCCAGGGAGAACCAUAGCCUCACCAGCCUGGCCAGCCCCUCCAACCCCGGAGUCAACCAAGGCAUGCUGGUCAACGGCCCCAGUUUCAGCCAGGACUCCUGCCCCAACUCCAGCAACUGCAGCUCCAAUGGGGGUCCUGGGAGGGGAGGGGAGCAGGAGAAGAGCUCAGAGACCAACGGAACCAUGGCAUCCUCACUGGUGACAGAGAGAGGGAUGGAGAAGAGAGCAGAGGAGAAUGAACAGAUGAUGCUCCACAGCUUGCCCUCAGAACGAGGGAACGGGUUUCUCCAGCUGCUGAAGAGCCACAAAGAGAAGUUGGAUGAAGGGAUGACAGAUCUGAGGUUGAGGAAUGAAGAGCUGGAGAAAGAGAGGGAUGAGGGAAAGCGGGAGAGAGACUGCCUUCGUCGCUCAGUUGAGGAACUCAAAACCAAGCUGGUUCAGGCGCAGAGCUGUGGUGUUACCGAGGAAACGGUUCAACAUUCCGAAGCCCCUCCCCCAUCUGACAGCUCCCACCUGGCCAAACUCACAGAGCAGCUACAAGCCACACAGUGCAGGUACAGAGAGCUGCAGGAGAAGUUAGAUUCCCUCCAGAAGAGUUCAGCUCAGAGAGACAGAACUGAAGUGCUGCUUAAACAGAAGGACAAAGACUGUGCCCAGCUGGCUAAGGAUGUCGAGGCGCUGAAGGCCCAGGUGACGUCUCUUCUGGGUGAGCUGAGAGAGAGACAGAGCUGUCUGGACCAGAGUCAGCAGGACCGCAACAUACUGGACGACAAGCUGAGCAGUACUCGGGAGGCGUUGGCAGCAUCAGAGAGAGAGAUGGAACAACAGAGGAAGCAGCACUCUGUGACGGUAGAUAAACUACUGCUGCAGACACACAACCUGGAGACCGCCCUGAAGACUGACCGCCUGGUUAUUACUGAGGAGAGGAGGAAGCUAGCCCAGCUGCAGCACGCCUACACCUGUCUGUUUAAGGACUACGACUCCAAACUCAAGACUGAGGGAGGAGACAUGGUUGUUCGUCUGGAGGAGGCAGAGAGAGCUCUGGCUCUGAAACAGGAUCUGAUUGACAAGCUGAAGGAAGAGGUGGAGCAACAGAGAGGAUCUCUAGAGACCGUUCCUGUUCUCACUGCCCAGGCUGAGAUCUACAAGGCAGACUUCCUAGCGGAGCGGGAGGCCAGAGAGAAGUUGAACCAGAGGAAGGAGGAGCUUCAGGACCAUCUGAACAAAGCACUGGCUGAGAUGGAGCGUCUGAAACAGGAGGGGACCUCACGGGCUCGUAUGGAGGAGAUGCAGCAGAGACACCUGGAGGACUUCAUACCACGACCCAACAUCCCCCACAACCAGGGGUUGCCUUUAACACGGUUCCUCCCCCUUCCUCCUUCCGCAGCGUGGGAUUGGCUGCAGGAGUGGCAGGGGGUGUCUCUGGAGGUGGGGCUGAAGAGCUUCCUGACUACCGCUGUCCAAAGUGCCAGUACCAAGCCCCCGACAUGGACACACUGCAGAUACAUGUCAUGGACUGUAUCCAGUAAAACACACACACACACGUAAUCACACAGUCACUCAUACUAGUGAUGAGCGGAUCAGCUGUUUGUUCACCCACACCUGCCUGCAGUUACUAAUCACCCAUCACCAACCGCCCGACUACAUGUGAUAAAGAGAAGGUCUGAGGCCGUUACCCUAACCCGCUAAUAUAGAAAAUGGGCUGAAGGUACAGUCAAAGAUUGCAUAACGAUUCUUUUUUGACAGGCCUUUUUAUAUAGGACUGUUUCUGCUUCUUACCAAAGUGUGUACGUCAACGGAUGUGGAAUUAGAUACAUGCAGCUACUCUUCUGUCAUUUUGUUAACCUAGAAGACAACCCCUUACUCACCAGAAUGUCAUAAAUCAAUUGAAGCAUUCAUUCUAUCUCUUUGAUAUCGGUAAAGUUCGUUUUCUCUUAAAUCUCUGCUUCUGUCACACAGGAACGGCGUUUAGGGACCGGGAGAAAAUGCAAUAAUCCCCCCCUAAAAUACAUGAAAGAUUUUCUGUGCAAAAUUUCCAAAUGAAAUCAGUUUGACCAGUUUUAAGGACAUUAAAAGCUGUUAAAACAACCAAA